CUCUGCAUUGUUGAAGAGAACCUCGGUCUGCUCUGCCUCUCCAGUGUAUAAAAGAGGUCGAAAGUGAGCAGACGCGCGUUCCGUGAAAAAAUGAUCUGACGAUGCCGGCUUACACCGACCUGGAGGGCCUAGCCGCCGCGAGAUCGUGCAAGAAGUGGCUGCUCUUCAGCGCCGCGGCCGCCUUCACCGUGGGCCUCGUCUUCGGCCUGCUGAUCGCAGCGGUGUACCUCCAGCAAGCCGCGCCGGAGCCCGCCGCGAGGAGCGACAACGGCAGCGAGUACGUCUCGUUCGUGGACAACCAGAAGGAGCAAGUGGUGCAGGGAGGCAUCUACUGGGGGCCCAAAUUGGAGCGGGCGUUACCGGAGGGCUACGAGCGCAAGAAGCACGCCUUCUGGGAGAAGUACCUCAAGGGCAGCGUCGCCGUGAAGCUGGAGCAUGGCUGCGGCAGGAUGCAGAACCGGAUGGUGGUGUUCCAGGACGGGCUGAAAGGGUGCGUGAGGUACCGCCAGAACACGGACCAGAUCCAGGGGGAGCUCUUCAGUUUCUACCUCGCGCAGAUUUUGAAUUUGCCGAAUUUGGCACCGUCGAGUGUGACCAUCGUGGAUUUGAAGAGCCCGCUGUGGUCGAAUCUGGCCAACGACAUUUCGGCGGCCCAGUGGAGCAACAACAAACCCGUGGUGGUGACUCAAUACAUCGACAAUCUCCUCUACGCCCCGAUUCCGCCCCUGUUCAAGCCGACGGAGCGCCACCUCAACAAGUACGACGUUUUGAAUAUGUCGACGGUGCUUCCAGAGGAGCAGCAAGUCAAGGGCUUUGUCGAGCUGGCGCAGUGGUCCGAUUUGAUCGUCUUCGACUACUUGACGGCGAAUCUCGAUCGCAUCGUCAACAACCUGUACAACUACCAGUGGAAUGUGAACAUUAUGGACGCUCCGGCACAUAACCUCGCCAGACGGGCCGAUACGGACCUGCUGGUGUUCCUGGACAACGAGUCGGGGCUGCUGCACGGCUACAGACUUCUCAAAAAGUACGAAGUCUACCACAAUAUUCUCUUGGAGAAUUUGUGCGUGUUCAGGAAGAGCACGGUGGAUGUGAUUAAGAGACUUAAAAACAAAGGCGACAUCGGCGGGUUGCUGAGGGACAUGUUCGAGAAGAACAGUGAUGUUGUCAAAGACUUGCUGCCGAUGUUGCCAGAUAAAAGUGUCAAAAUCCUGAACGAGAGGAUCGAUAAAGUGUACGGACAGAUCGUCAAAUGUGAGUCGAUGUUUGCCGAGACGUAGCUCAAUUUUUCUAUUAUUUAUUUGUUUGUUUUAAUUUAUUUGUGCCGAAAUGUGAUAGACGAAUCUAGUACGAGGUGUUGUACAGUGUGAUUCCGAAGUAGACCAAAUAUUGUAAAUAUGUACGAUAUUAUAUGUAAAUUGUUGUAAAUAAGCGACGGCUGAAUAAAACUUGGAAUGUA